UAUUGACAUCUUUUUAAAACGAUAUCUCGAUUCUUGGCAGGAAUAUAUAGAUAAACUUUUGGGAUACAAAGUAUCACAAUAUAUCACCAUUUUGAUAUUUUGUCACACCCCUAGUAUAUACUGUUCCAAAUUCAAGCACAGAAAGGCAGGCAGGGAGCAGGAAAUGUGAAACUCAUUUAUCUCUUCUGUUGACACACAGAGUAUAAGAUGUGAUGUGUUCACGUUGACUUGAUGUCUUAGGUCUCCGAGGUCUCAGUCCUAAUGACUGCUGAGUCCACUUCAGUUACUGCCCACAUGUCUCAACCAUACCAUAAUGUCAACAGUAGGACGAUCCUUAGCCCAUUUCCACUGCUUUUAUGGCUCCCAACAGACAAUUAGACAGAGACUAUUUUUACUCCCUUCACGGUAGCCCGUUUGACAUUUAAUUUAAUUCCCGGCUAACAGCACUAAACACAAAACGGAGGUGUUGGGUGGUAAUUAAUUAUAUCCCACAGGGCGAGGGAUUCUUCGGAUUUAUAGUUAUUUGGUGUGCGGCAAACAGGUUGCUAUGCAUUCUGUUUGGAAGUAAUUCAGCUUUCGUUUCUGGGGAAAAACAAAACAAUAGGAUUAAAAAUGUGUUUGUGUUUCUUUUCAUCAUCCAUACAAACUUGUAAUAAUGUAGUAAACUAUUUUAUAUGUAAUUAGAAUAAGAUUGUGGUCAAUUACUUCUAUUGCUCCUGUCUGCUUUUAGCUCUCCGUUUUCUGGUUUUAAAGUCCAAUGUCCGUUUUCAAUUUGCUUUCAUUGUUAUUUAAGUUAGUAUUCGUAUCUAGUUUUACUCAUAUUGAAAACUUGUUGCUGCCUUUUGUUUACAAAAAUCUCGUAUUUGUGCAAAAAACCUUAAAAUCAUAGUAUUACUGUUAAACAGUGUUGUUAAUUUUACUUUAAAAAAAUAAUUAACUCCAGUUACAAAUUCCCAAAAAGUAAUUGAGUCAGUAACUCCAUUACCUCAACGUAAGAGUUACUCGGCAAAGUAACUGACGUUACUUUUCAUGUUCUACACGUAAUUACGUGAUCCAGUCUAUAACGUCUUUCACAUCAAAUAUGUUUAUAGUAAAUAAUUGGAUUGAACUUUCUCAUUCAGAAAAAACAAAGGUCACCCUUUUUGCAUUGUUUUUUAAUUUAAUUUUAUUUUUUAAACCUGUCCUGUGGCCUAUACUACGAACUGAAUUCAACCUCCCCAGAAGUAAUCCAGUUUACCAUCGGGUAACCGGAGUUGACAAAACCUGGUUGUCUAGUUUGUGGUCAAUCGGUACUACGACGCUGAUUAUGAGGUUGAUUAGUCGAACCUGUGUCAACCCAGUCAGAGUUACUGCGCGUUCACAUAAAAGGGGGCGGUGACCAGAGUCAAACACUACUUGUGACGAUGGCACGGGCACCUUACUUCACGGAGGAGGAAUGCGCGAUGAUCAUGCGGAAUUAUGAGGAAUUAAAAUCCACCCUCACCGCGAAAUCCAACACCGCUUUGGCGAGUAGAGCGCAACGGGUCUGUUGACAGCGAAUUUACAGAUUGUGUGAUUUGUGAAUGCGUCAAUAUGCCAGUUUACUUAUGUCCAUGAAAAGAAAUAAAGCCUGCUGUCAGGACAAUAAAAUAAGAUUUGGUACAUUAACAGUAAGAAAUAAUUGUCACGCAUCACCACACGAAACAGGAUGAUUGUAUGUUUAGUCCCCUUGACUGUACGAAUACGUAUGUUCUUUUUUUUAGUUUGGGCCUAAAAAAUCCAGCCCGACCCGACCCGAGUCCGAUCAAUAAACUUGAUUUGCAGGCCCGAGCCCGACAAAAAAAAAAAAAAAAAAAAAAAAUGUUAUAUUUGUGAGGACUCAGGAGAAGAAGGAAAUGCGGGGAUGCCAUGCGUUGUUGCGUAAAUAAAAGCCCGUCUUUUGUAACGAUUUUUCACAGUUAAACAAGACUGUAAGAUGCAUAUUCAUUAAACAUUUAUAACUUUUAUAUAUGUGCGUCUGUCCUAUCAGUGGAUUUGACAUUUAAUUUAAUCUCCUUCAGUUGGCAGAAAAAAACGCAAGUUUUCUCAAUGUUUAAAUAGUCUACGUAUUUCUAUGAUUAUUAUAAAUGCAUCAAUUUGAAGCGUUUCCAUACCCCACUCCGAAUCGCACGGCAUAAUGUCCCUGGCGAAAGAGCGCACGGACAGGCACACACAAUCUGCGCGGUUGUGAGGGCCUGACUCGGCGGGUUACAUUAGUGACGUCUGCCUAGAUCAGUUGGCACAGGUAAAGAAUUCCCUCAGCUGAAAAUCUAUAUCUUUCAUGGAGAACAUCUUCCGGGUACGCUAGCGGAUUCUGGCGGUCCCGAAAUACCCGUGCCCUCCGGAGAGAGCCCCUCACAAUCCGCGCGCCAAUGUCGUAUGGGUCGUCCAAGUACGCUGUCAUUGUCAGGAGGACACGUCCGCGGAGGAGUGCUGUUUAAAUAGAGCGUGGUUAAUUGGAAUCCUGAUGUUAAGCAAGAUCUAACUCUGACACGACCAGGUUUGGCGUGUGGCGUGUGUUGCCAUGGCAACACUUCUCGGUUCCAACAUUUCCACCUUUCGUAGUCUCGCAUAGCCGCGAACUUACGUCGCACGUGAUAAAGUUACUCUCGAAGUUACCCUGCUAAGCCAGAAAACCGGCUUCGUAGUAUAGGCCACUGUUCAGCUGUUUGACACGGAGAAUGGAAGUCUAAGUGCCGAUUAGGGAUGGGAAUUGAUAGGAUUUUUACGAUUCCGAUUCCAUUAUCGAUAUUGCUUAACGAUUCAAUUCUUUAUCAAUUCUCUUAUCGAUUCUAAUUUGGGAAAAAAGAAGAACAAACGUUUUGAUUGGCAUCGAGUUUGUUUAAUCAGAAGUCACAACCUUACAAACUCACAACGAGAUCAAAAGAGGCCCAAAGCCUCAAUGUUAACUGUGGCAAUAAGUGGCAAAUACACAAGAAUGUGUAACAUUUUACUGAAACAUUUAUCUAAUAGAAAUAAAAAAUAUUGGUAUAUAUAUAUAGGCAGGUUUUUGUUCUGCCUUUGGCAAUAUGUGUUAAAGCAGGGGUCCCCAAACUUUUUCCUGUGAGGGCCACAUAACUUUUCCCUUCUCUGAUGAGGGGCCGGGGUCAGUUUGUUACAGAAAAAGUGUGACGAUUGCAGAAGUGCAUAAAUGUAAAAAAUUAUUGUUUUUCAGAAAGCCACAAUCAAAUAACCCUUUCUGGAUUCUUUAUAAUAAUAAUAAUAAUAAUUAAUAAUAAAAACACUAUUAAUCAAAUAGAUAAUAACCAAAUAACCCUCUCUGAAUUCUUCAAGGAAAAGGCCAGAAAAUAAAUAACACGAUUGAGAAAAAAAAAAAAAAAAUUCAAAAUGGCCGGACCAAAUGUGGAGGCGGGCCAUAUUUGGGCCGCGGGCCGCAGUUUGAGGACCACUGGAGCGCGCAUACACCCAAAGAAGAAAUGGCGCAUCCAAGUGAGUGAGAGAGGGAAACACUUCUACGAGCCUACGUUCUUUGUUAAUGUUAAUAUCUACAGAGGCAACGCCUGUAUGUAUCAUCUUUUGUGUUGUUGUUGUUGUGUUUCCACUCGCGAUCGGACACUUAAGUCCAGUUGUGUAGUGGUUUGAACGAUGUGCUAAUGCUAGCGAACGAAUGCUAACCAUACUGUUAUUAGCAGCUAAUCAUCGCUGAUUUACUUUGAUGCAAACCUGUUUGUUAUUGGGGACGAAAUUGAUUUGUUUCAUUUCUAUUCUUAGUUUCACUCUUCAAGUGAUGGUUGAAUAAAGUCAGCAAAUUAUACCAACGUCUUCUGCAUCGUCAUUUGGGAGUUUAGCUAACUGUAUAGCCGGGACUUUGUACUGUGAAGACACACUUUCAAGCGUUUGAACCUACGUGCUGUCAUUGUUAUGUUUAUGGCUGCAAUGCUCGUGCUUACCCGUCGUAACCUUUCCUUUUUUACACUCUUUCCUGGUGAAGUGUAGUCAAACUUUGGAGCGAGUGGUUCUUGGCGCCAUGCUAGUUUGAUGCAUUUGGACAACAAGACAGUCACGACGCAAUAUGCGUCCUCAGGACUCGUUAAAGGGAUCGUUAAGGCUUUUUCAUUGUGAUGUCGAGGCCUCGAAACACUCGGAACCGGUUCCGAAUUGGAAUCGGAUUUCGAUUCCCAUCCCUAGUGCCGAUUGGUCUGAACAGUUUUAAUGUUUCACAUUGAGAGUAUGACAUACUCCCAUUGUGAUCAUUCAACAUACCUCGUUUAUUAUGACAAAGCAGCGAACAGUAAGGGGUUAUGGGGGGGACAGAAGAAAAGAAACACGAGAAGAAAGAAAAGAAACACAAACAACAACAAGAAAUACAUUGAACGUCUACAUUAACUACUAAUAUGUUGGUGCUAUCGUCAGCUAGAUGUAUUUCCAGUUGACACCUUGUGGGGGGCCUGUUGACCGGGGAGAGAGGGGGACGGGGGUGUGGAAGUAUAAACUAAGUGAUUAAAAGGGGUAGAGUGUACACAAAUUAGCUCUGUGAUCUAGAACCCAGUAAUCUUGUGAAUCCCUUGUGAGUGUAAGCCCGUUGGCAACCGACCCUACGCCACCCCAUCGCCUAUCCCGGCACCGGGACCCCCCCACCGGAGCGCGCCCUAUCACAUCCAGUCGCACGCGAGCCCCACCAAGCACGCGCAGCGCAGCCAAUCCCUCCUCCCACAGCCCAGCAAAGGAAAAAUUGUUCAAAAAUCCUCUCAGACUAAACCAAACUACUAGUUCAGUAUCAAGUUAACAGUUCAAAAUAGCAAAUAAAAUACUCAAGUCCCCAUUCUAUAUCAGCAGCUUUAAACUUCAUUCAAUUUAAUGUUGUGAAUCAACCGUUAAAAGUUGUUAAAAUUGCUCCCGUUAUUCCAUAAUUUCACUUCAGUCUACUUUUGACAUGUCAAAGUUUUAAAACUGUUUCAUCAUUUAAAGAUAGAUUCAAGUCAAUAUUUUGCCGAUUUAGGAGUAUUUUGGAUAAAAAGUUAAUUAGGUUCGCUAUAGCAGAGCCUUCCAGAGAGGUCUACUGCUUUAAGAUGGCGGCUGUUUACUAACACCGGCCGAGUCUGUCAUUUCGCAUCUACUUCUCUAAUACAUGUUCUAAAACCGCCGUCGUCUGUCAUUUUGCAUCUAGUUCCACAUAUAUAUCUACUGUAGCCGUAUGUGGCCUUAUGUUUGUAGCAACUAGCAACUGGGCGUUGUUUGUAGCGGCUGUCUGCCGCAGUCAGGUAUGAUGUUUUUUUUUGUUUUUUUUUUAUCUAGCGGCAUGAGUUGAACAUGAUAUUUACUCUCGGUCCGUUCCUCAUUGCACCCCGAAGACCGCGCCGACUGUGUUUUAGUUCCGCGUUACCAGGUAUAAUUCAAUAAUCGGAAUUUGGAUGUUUGUGACUCGUUCUCGAAUCUUCCACAGCCAAAUCGCGAAUACCGUAAUUUCCCAAAUAUAAGGUGCACCCGUGUAUAAUGCGCACCCCAAAUUUACUUGUAAAAUCUAGGGGAAAUUAUGGUACCCGUUUAUAACGUGCACCCUAAUUUUAGCAGCAAUGAAUAGAAGAAUACAAGAAAACAGAGCUCGUGUACAGAUACAGAAAUGUCAUUUUACUGACUGGUGAAACACAGCACAAGCAUAGCAUAAUGUAGUUCAAAAUAUUACUAUAAACUGACAAUAUUUACGGUAAUUAUAUGAUUUGACAACUUCUCCAACUUAACAGAAUCAGGGUGAAAACAAAACAGAUGUGACUUUUCUUUUAAAGGUUGCUGUAUAACUUGCUCGUUUCAUCAUGAUGAAUAAAUGUUUCUUCCAUGGAUUGAUACGGUAAAAUUAAAGUGAGAACGUGAGUCGGAAAUCCGUGAGAGCUCAUUGCUUUCAACACGACAGUAGCAAUAGGACCUAUUGUUAUUUGUGUUUGAAUUUCCUGAGGGACAGAUAUAGUCGAUGGACACAGGAAGUCUGUGUGCUUACGUUUGUUAUGGUCCGAGUUGCGGAGCUGCAAUAAACGUUGACUCAAAUGAGUUCAGGAAACUAAAUUCUGCGCUAUAUGAAGAGUGAAAAAAGCAGAAUUUAACACAGACGAAAUCUUCGGCCGAUUAGAGUCAAGUAUUACCGAAACAAAAUGGUGACGUCAAGUACCGUAAUGGUCGACAACGGUUCGCCGCAUACGUUUCUUCAACACAACGUGGCCGUGUCAAUAAAAAAAAAAAAAAAAUCGGUUUAUAUUAGGGCUGUCAAACGAUUAAAAUUUUUAAUCGAGUUAAUUACAGCUUAAAGAUUAAUUAAUCGUAAUUAAUCACAAUUAAUCACAGUUCAAACCAUCUUUAAAAUAUGUCAUAUUUUUCUGUUAAUUAUUGUUGGAUUGGAAAGAUAAGACACAAGAUGGAUAUAUACAUUCAACACACGGUACAUAAGGACUGUAUUUGUUUUUUAUAACAAUAAAUCAACAAGAUGGCAUUAACAUUAUUAACAUUCUGUUAAAGCGAUCCAUGGAUAGAGGGACUUGUAGUUCUUAAAAGAAAAAUGUUAGUACAAGUUAUAGAAAUUUUGUAUUAAAACCCCUCUUAAUGUUUUCGUUUUAAUAAAAUUUGUAAAAUUUUCAGUCAAAAAAUAAACUAGUAGCCCGCCAUUGUUGAUGUCAAUAAUUACUUACACAAUGUAAUGGGUGCUGAAGCCUAUAAAAUCAGUCGCACCCAAGCGCCAGCAGAGGGCGGCAAAACUCCAUAAAACACAAGUGAGCGUUUCACUGUACUGUCAUUUAAAUCUGUCUGAGCGGGACAUCUGCGUUAAUUGCGUCAAAUAUUUUAACGUGAUUAGUUUUAAAAAUUAAUUAACGCCCGUUAACGCGAUAAUUUUGACAGCCCCAGUUUAUAUAUAUAUAUAUAUGUAAUAUAUGGCGAAAAACACUCAGGUGACUUGAAGUUCUGCUCUGAGGCCCCCAAUUUAGCCAACUUUCAAAAUUGUCCGAUAUGCAUGUGUGAUACAUCAUUGGAAAGCUUAAAAUCUCAAUUUUCUAGGGGAAUAAACAUUUUAAACAGGAGGGCUUUUUUUUUUUUUAAAUGUUUUUUAAACAGCAAAACAUCUGGAGACGAGAGCACGUGAGAGCAGAAUUACAGACGCCAUGACUUUAACGAGAUAUUAUCGAGUGCUUACUUUGUUUUGAUCCAAAAACUUCAUGUAGCAUGUAUCACUGAGUGUCAAGACACAGCUGUGAAUGGCCACAGCUGGAUUUAUGGGGGAUUUUAUGGGUGAAACAUGGUAAUUUAACAGGGGUCGCGAUGCAGAAAUCGCAGACAUCAAGGAGUGGUGGAGAGUUUCUUUUUCAUAUAUUUACCCUUUUAAACUUUUUUUUUCCAAUUUUUUUUGUUUUUGUUUGGGUCGCUUAUUUAUGAUCUAAAAUAUCGGACAAAAUGCGACAGUAACAAAAAAAAAUAUAAUUAAGCGAUAGUUAUGAAGUACAUAUCCGUGACUUUUUUACAGACGCAAAUUUUUUUCAGUGUGACAUAAUUUGUUUAGAAGUUUAAAAUAUGCAAGUGAUUAUUUUUUAAAGUCGUUUUUUUUUUUUUUUUAACGAAAUAUGAGACAUUAAUUAAUGAUUAUAAGACAUAAACAACACACAUUUUGAAUAAUAAAUAUAAUUAAUUACCUUUGUUUUACGGCUGGGUUGAAACAAUAGCGGUUGCGCGACGUCUGUAAACGGGGGUUUUCAGGGUAAAACGGACAAAUGAAAAACAGUUCGGGGGCUUCAUACGCCAUGAAUCUGCUAUGGCAGCAUAUAGACAUGUUGUACUAUCAAACACAACAGUUGUUUUGGCUUCAAAUACAGCAGUUUCUUUUAAAGAGGUGUGCAAGAGCAGAAACUGCUUUUUCAGUCUUAUCUGUGUUUUCCGCCGUAUAUAUAUUUCUGUCUCCAUCCAUGUACCCGUUUGUCAUGCGCACCAUGAUUUUACAAGUUGAAUUUGGGGGGGGAAAAAGUGUGCGUUAUAUUCGGGAAAUUACGGUAAUCUAAGAAUCGGAAAUUUCGCACGCCUCUACUUUUGAGUGAUUUCUUCUCUGAAUUGCAGUGUAAGGCGUGUCAUCAUUUGUGUCUCUCACACAAACGCACACUCCAUUGAGUCGGGAGGUUGCCGUGGGAACAGUAUCACUUUUUAAUACAGCGCUGCGAACUGUGGAGUAUAAAGGUGAAGUGACAGUUUCUGAGGGCUAAUGCAGUUUGUAGCUGAAAAAAAUGUGCGUCAUCUAUGUCUGGGGGGACCAAGUUGAUUGACUCUGCAGGUUUCCAAUUGAAUGAGGGAAAAAAGUGACAGGAUGAUCAGGAUGCGAAUGGGAGCUUUAAAUACUUACCUUUCCUGCCCAAUCCCUUAUGGCUGAACAGCUCACUGUAACUCAUCCUCCGGUGACAACUGCUCAUCGAAAGCCUUUCAUUUGCCUGGCAUUGUCCUCUUGAUGAUCAAUUCCUACUCCUCUCCAGAUCUAAUGUGUGCCUUCACCUCCCCUUUUCAUGUCCUCCUCCUCAUUUUCCCGGCUUUGCUGAUGAGACAGACAGAGACAUAAGGCGAGAAAGUGACGCUAAUGAAUGGCUCUGUUUGGUUUCCUGUGACACUUCUCACAACCUCCAGCUGGCUUGAACACACACAUACAUAGACGCACAAGAGCUCUAGCCGGCUGCUGACGUUUUUAUGAGCAGUGAGUGGAGAGGGAGGAAUAAAAAAACAUCAAGAAGUAAAGGAAAAACCACCAGCUGCCACUCAAGCCAGCUUGCUGCUCGUAGUACGCACACACAUGCGUGCAGAAGCUCGGCAAUGUGUGUAGGGCCGCAAUUUUCCGCCCUUCUCAACCAAUAAGAGAACUCGGCUGCUGGCAGGGGAGGGGGAGGAGAGACGGACCCUGCUCGUGAUUGACAGCCAGCACCCUACAGGUGGAGGGAAGGAUGGGGAGAGAGAGAGGAGGACGGAGAGAAGAAAGGCGCAGGCAGUGAGACUUUCAUAGAAACAUACACACUACUCUUACCUACACACAUACACAUCCACACACAGAGUGAGUUACUCCCCUGCUACCUUGGGCUCCUGCUCUCCUAGGCUCACGAGUCAGCCCGAGUGCAGCUAACAUCAGCUCCAGAAAAGCUGCAUCAAGAUGAGCCAGUGUAGGAAACGCUGCAAGAGGCAGCUCACCAAGGUGGCUCGAUACCUUUACCGCUUCCUCAUGGGAACGCUUACUCAAGACAGUGUAGAAGAUGACUUUGAGCUCUCCACCGUGUGCCAUCGACCGGAAAGCAUGGACAAGCUGCAGGAGCAGACAAAGUUCUCCAAGAAGGAACUUCAGGUUCUCUACAGGGGCUUCAAGAAUGAAUGUCCAAGCGGUGUAGUGAAUGAGGAGAACUUUAAGAACAUCUACUCCCAGUUUUUUCCUCAGGGAGAUUCAAGUACGUAUGCACACUUCCUCUUUGAAGCCUUCGACACUGACAAGAACGGCUCCGUUAGUUUUGAGGACUUUGUGUAUGGCCUGUCCAUCAUCUUGAGAGGGACCAUUAACGACCGCUUAAACUGGGCAUUUAACCUGUACGACCUGAACAAGGAUGGCUGCAUCACCAAGGAUGAGAUGCUGGACAUCAUGAGGUCCAUCUACGACAUGAUGGGGAAGUACACGUAUCCCACUAUGCAGGACGAUGCUCCCAGAGACCAUGUAGAGAGCUUUUUCCAGAAAAUGGAUAGAAAUAAAGAUGGAGUGGUUACUAUAGAGGAAUUCAUCGAGUCAUGUAAAAAGGAUGAGAAUAUCAUGCAGUCCAUGCAGCUCUUUGACAAUGUCAUCUAAGGACCAGGAAGGGUGCUGGUCCCAGGGUUGAGGGGAAAUGAAUCAGGGUUAAGAGAUGGCGUGCCUGUGUGUGUAUGUGUGUGGAGCUCCUCUGAAUGGGAAGCAACAGUCCACAGUGAAGCAAUCGUGGAAGUCCUUUCCCCAUCGAGCAGUGUGGAGGAACACAAGGAAGAGAAGGCAAGCAGCAGCUCACAGACACAACUAAAAACUCAAUGCCCGUCUCCCCGUCAACCUUCUCUAUUCCCACUUCUCGUCUUGGUGGAAUAGUGGCGAUCCAAGGCGCUUUCCUCCCAAAACCUCAUCACUUCGAUGCUGAUCCUGACUUUUUGCAUGUAGAGCCACUGUGAAAUAACCAAAUCUGACGCACAAAGACCUUCUCAAAGAUUGAAAGGCCCGACCUCUAACAGAACUGAUUUUAAAAUCGCAUGAUGAUGUCACUUAUAUCUGGCGAUGACAUUAUUCCCAAAGUCUGCUUGUCCGUCCGCUGUUCCCUGGUCAUCCACAGGUGCCUCACCCCUGCAAAGUGCAUGUGCAACAUGACUGACAGUGUCCUCUCCAUCUUGCCUAUCAAGAGGAUUCGACUGGGAACAACACCCUUCUUCAAGAGUGGAAUUCUGCUCGAAUGAGUACUGGCCUUCCAGACCUUUUCUCUCUCAACUCUAGGUGUCUGCUUACCCGCCCCAGUGGUUUUAGCCUUUAAUGAGACAUUUGUGGGGAGUGUAAUAGACUGCAGGCUGUGUUUGUGAACUUGUGAUCAGAUGAGUCACGUGAUUAUAGCAGGGUCUUUUUAAAAAUAAUAAUAAAUUGGCAGGUUUUCAGUGUGUGAGGCAGACUGGGGGACAUCAGAGGAGAAUAUACAGUGGAACCUACAAGGUCAAAUGCCGUAAAAGGCAGUUUGAAAUUCAAGUGAAUUAUAAUAGGGUGAAUAGCAAUGGCUCAAAAGUCAACAAAACCAUAGGGCAUUUCAGCUAAUAGUGUUUUGAUUUUUAUUUAACAUUUAGUUUAUAUACCAGUACUUACAUACAGUACAUUGCAAUAAUGUGUAUUUCAAAUGCCACUACUAAAUACAGGUAGUCCCCGGUUUACGAACAAGUUCCGUUCCUGCACUGGCGAUGUAACGUGGAUUUCCGUGUAAACUGGAAUUAACCCUUUAAAUACCUCAAAACACCUUCCCCCCAAAAAAACCUAUCCAAAAACAAAAGUAUUGGAACCCCGGCAAUU